AUGCAACCUAUAUAUUCUCGAUCAAAUGAGUCGGCAUUUAACUAUGCAUUCGCUCUAGCCAUGAAACAGCAUUUGGUUAGCGUUGAAUCCAAGUUAUACCAACAAGUCUCACAAGGCGAUCCAACCGAGGCUAAUAUCAAGGCCCAAGAUGUCGUAUAUUAUAUUCAGCAUGUGAACCAGGUUAUAUUCAAGAAGAUAUUGAUGCAUUAUAGAGAAGAAGAUAUUAAGGCGAACAGAACGAAUGGAAGCUUCGCUAAUUCUUUGGCAUAUAACUUUGAAGAUUUACUUUUGGGACCUAAGCUGAGCUCGUUUGACAUACCUAGUAAGUUGAAAACCAAAGAGAUCAUUGAAAAGAUAGAGCGUGAUACGAGUAAGGACAGGGUACCUUUCUGGCUUGUUGCGGAGCGUGAAUCGGAAUUGGGAUUGAAGUUUGAAGUGCUAUUGAGGAAUACCUUGAAGAUUCACAAGAACAGCUUAUGGAAUGGGGGCUCGUCUUUAGAAGAUUCUGAUAUUACCACGCUUUAUGUUGCUGAAUACCUUAGCGGUCUAGUAUCAAACUUGUCUGGUGUAUUACAACUACCUGAAAGCUCGAUCAUAAAGAUUGAUGGUGUGGUAAAUGAGUUAAGAGAUGGUACGUACCCGUCAUUAUCACUACAAGACUUUUAUGAAGGGUUCAAACAUAUGGUGAUAACUUACCUUGAAAUGACAUCUUCCGACCUAGUAAAUAAAGAGACAAACAUUAAGUUGAUCAAUACCCUCAGAGAACAAGGUAACAACCUUAUGUCUAGCCUGUCAUAUGCGCAGUCUAUUCAAACUUAUACAAAUGCCAUUAAUUUGUGUUCCUUAUCAACUGCCAAUAACAUUCCCCAACUCUUGACUAACAGAGCCAUAGCAUACAUUGGGCUCAAUUGUUUCCCUGAAGCUAUAACAGACUUAAAUGAGGCAGUCAACUACGAUAGAACAUUCACUGCUGCCUGGGUUCAAUUGGGUUAUUGUCAUCUCUAUAUGGGCACAAGUUUGGUUGCUUUAAAAUGUUACUUGAUGUCAUUGAAAUCUGCAAUAGGUGAGAUCUUACCGGAGAAUUUCCCGUUAGAUGAAAACAAAGCUUUCGUAGUUGAAUAUCAAGAGAAUAAGCUUGCAACUAUUUUGCCGCAAUUUGUGGAAAGAUUAAUCCAAGCGAUUAUUCUUACAGAAAAGCGUGCUUACCAACAAAGGGAGCCUACGCUAGAGAUCAAGUCUACUGUCAGUAACGUGCGCUCUAUUCUAGCUAAAUUGAGAGCAUCGGCAUCUAACGAGGAUAUGCAAUAUUUCACAUACUCGGCAAGUGCGGAAGAUUCUGCCUUCAGACCUACCGCAGAAAGGCUCAACCGUACAAGACCUAGUAUUCUCAACCAAGAUGUGGCUCAAAACAUGCUUGCCAAUAGCGGUAUCGAAGCGUCCGCAAUCACGCUCCCAGCAACCCCUAUCACCUCUUUCGAAAGGGUCACUAGAAACCGUGACGCAGCGAAUGGCCAGGCUGGUACGAAUGCUACAAGACCACAGGGUCCACGCAAUGCUGCGUCGGGGAUGCGUGGUUUCCUAAAUGAUUUCGGGGACAUGUUUGAAGGAACUGGCCUGAUUUCUAUUGAUAUCCCAACCGAUAAUACCCCCGGUCCUGAGAAUAGGCCAGGUAACGAUAAUAACGUCAACCGCAACCCUAGCGAACCAGCCGGUACGGGAUCGGGCUCGGGCACUUCCACCAACGCCAGCGAACCUCGCAACCAGUCGCCAAUGGCCGGCAGAAACGUCGUGCGUGAUGUUUUACGAGGAAUAAUGCCUGAGAACAUGGCUGGCAGUAUUGGAAACAUCCUCUCCCAGUCAUUCAAUAACCAGAGCGGUGAAGGCCAUAUUGUUAUUGGAUCCCAAGACUUGAACACUGACCAAAAUUCAAGAUCCGACAAUGCCGCUGCCGAGAAUAACGGCCAGCAAAGAGGUAACUCUGCUCCUCGUUCCGAUGAAGACACGGACAUGCCAGAGUUCUCAGGAGAUCUCGACUAG